AUGUCGAGGCUGACGGACCCUGCGAGACUCCAGAAGGAGAUCGAGGCGCAGAAGAAACGGGCAGAAGCGUUGGCGCUUCUGAGCAGCUCGGGGGGGGAGCGGCACUUCAAGCCAGGAGAAAUACGGAAGGCCAGGGAUGGCAAAGACGGGGACAACACGCUGGAGGUCGUCACUCUGAGGAAGGCGCAGCAGACGUACCUGGAGCAGAGCGCCAAGGAACGCCUGCUGCAGCAGCAGAACAGCGUCCGCGAGGGAGUGCAACGGAAGCAGGCCGGAGGGGGCAGUAGCGGAAGCGGUGGUGAUGGUGGUGGUGGUGGUGCUGGCGGCCCUCUCCCUGGAGGGUGGAAGGAAAUCAAGGACCCCAACUCUGGCUCGACGUACUACUGGAACAAGAGUUCGAACGCAACGUCGUGGGUUCGGCCUGUGGUUCCGCCGCACGAAGCCCCCGAACCGGAACGAGGAGGAGCAGGCAAGGGUGGUGGGCCAGGGCCAGCAGGCUCAGGGCCUGGAGAAAGCUCGAGCAGUAGUGAUGGUGGUGUGCGGAACGGCGGCGGGAGCGCGGCGUCCAGCACCGGGGAGGGAGGAGGGGACUCGACUCCGCCGCCAUUGCCUGCGGGGUGGAAGGAGAUCAAGGACCCCAAGAGCGGCGGCGUGUAUUUUUGGAACAAGGCCAAGGGAGCCACUACCUGGGUUCGACCUACUGGCCCCGCAAGCGGGGACUCCGCAGACGGGGGGUCCGCGAGUGGGGGGGGGUCGACGCCAGGCCUGCCUGAGGGCUGGAAGGCGGUGACACACGCCGCUACGGGCCAGACUCACUACGUGCACGAGGCCAGCGGUAAGCGGAGCUUCACACUGCCCGGCUCGGAACCUCCGGACGCCUCUUCAUCCUCGGGGCAGCGACAGAGGGGACGGGAAGGCGGGGGGGGUCAUGCCGGCGGCGGCGGGGGGGGUGCAGCAUCGAGUGCCCGCGGCAGCGAGGGGCGUAAUCGAGGCGACAGCAACAGGCCCAAGAAGAAAGGUCGAGGGUCCUGGGAAAUAGAUCCUUUGGAUCCAACGGGCAAGACCGGUGGAAAGUGGUCAGACGGGCUCGUUCAGGUGGGCGAAAGGAUGGCCGACAGCACGGCGAGCGGGCCUUUGUGGCAGCAGCGGCCGUACCCGGCCCCAGGGAAGAUUCUGCGGGGCCGCACCCCGACGGACGCGGAAACGGCGGGACCCCGGCAGCGAUGA